GAAGGCAAAGGCUACAGUGCAGUGCGUCGCAAGGAAACCAGCGAGGAUUCGUCAAGUCAACCGGAUGCCCGCGCCCGCGCCCCCACGGAGCUCAGCUCCGCGCCUGCAAACAGUAGCCGCUAUAUAACAGCCUCCCUCCAACGCGCAGCGAGCCAAAGCCUAGCAAGAAGCAAGCAGUGCCAAGGCGCAAGGAACAGCCCAACUACCCAAGGAUGGAUCCCAACGACGCCUUCUCGGCGGCGCACCCGUUCCGGUGGGACCUCGGGCCCCCGGCGCACGCCGCGCCGGCGCCCCCGCCUCCGCCGCUCGCGCCGCAGGUGGGCGCGCCAAGGGAGCUGGAGGACCUGGUGGCCGGGUACGGCGUGCGCCCGUCGACGGUGGCGCGGAUCUCGGAGCUCGGGUUCACGGCGAGCACGCUGCUGGGCAUGACGGAGCGGGAGCUCGACGACAUGAUGGCCGCGCUCGCGGGGCUCUUCCGCUGGGACGUGCUGCUCGGCGAGCGGUUCGGCCUCCGCGCCGCGCUGCGCGCCGAGCGCGGCCGCGUCAUGUCGCUCGGCGGACGCUUCCACGCCGGGAGCACCUUGGACGCCGCCUCGCAGGAAGUGCUGUCCGACGAGCGGGACGCGGCGGGCAGCGGCGGCGUGGCGGAGGACGAGGCUGGCAGGAGGAUGGUGACCGGCAAGAAGCAGGCGAAGAAAGGCGCCGCCGGGACAAGGAAGGGCAAGAAGGCGAGGAGGAAGAAGGAGCCGAGGCCGCUGGACGUGCUCGGGGACGAGAACGACGGCGACGAGGACGGCGGCGGCGGCGGCGGGUCGGAGUCGACCGAGUCGUCCGCGGGCGGCGGGGGCGGGGAGCGGCAGCGGGAGCACCCGUUCGUGGUGACGGAGCCCGGCGAGGUGGCGCGGGCCAAGAAGAACGGGCUGGACUACCUGUUCCACCUGUACGAGCAGUGCCGCGUCUUCCUGCUGCAGGUGCAGUCCAUCGCUAAGCUCGCCGGCCACAAGGCCCCAACCAAGGUGACGAACCAGGUGUUCCGGUACGCGAAGAAGUGCGGGGCGAGCUACAUCAACAAGCCCAAGAUGCGGCACUACGUGCACUGCUACGCGCUGCACUGCCUGGACGAGGAGGCCUCCAACGCGCUGCGCCGGGCGUACAAGGCCCGCGGCGAGAACGUCGGGGCGUGGCGCCAGGCCUGCUACGCGCCGCUCGUCGAGAUCGCCGCGCGCCACGGCUUCGACGUCGACGCCGUCUUCGCCGCGCACCCGCGCCUCGCCAUCUGGUACGUGCCCACCAGGCUGCGCCAGCUCUGCCACCAGGCGCGCGGGGCCCAGCACGCCGCCGCGGCGGGGCUACCGCCGCCCCCGAUGUUCUAGCCGCGCCGCGCGCCGGCCGGCCGUGUGUGCUGCUUCCUUUCAGGGACAGCAGGCAGUUGGAUGGAUGAUGGUCUCGUCGAGAAUGGAUGUGUCUCUGCUUUCUCUCAUGUUGUCACUCGUUUGCUGUGUUCUGGCAAGUUAGGAAUGGGCUUAGCAAAUCAAAAAAGAGGGGGGAGUGGGCUUAGAAGGUGGCGCUAAUUUGUUGGGCCUGAGCAAUGCCCCACUUGUUGGGCCUAUGUUGCACUGUAUCUUAUCCUGGUGAUCAUGGUUUUAAAAAAGAAGCUGUAUUCCUCA